UGGCGGUUGACCUGCGCAGCCAAUCAGGCGCCGUCUCCGUCCGUUUUGAGACGGGUUUGGCCCAGUUGGCUUUUCUUCAGCGCGCUAAGAGAACUAAAAGAGGACUCGGUUGUAUCUCCCCUUUCUCCUCUUUCUGCUCCUCCUCACAACAACCACUCACCAACCCACACAUACACGCAACGCAACCGCACACACGCUCUCUCCCUGCGUUGCUCCUCGCAUCGCGCCUUUGCCUCAAUUCCACCCUCUCCCCGGUGGUGGUGGGGUCUGUCGUUCAUUUUAGUCGCAUUCUCUCUGGCUGUGUGGUUGUUCACUUCACUCUUUCAUGGACGAGAUACCAGGCAACUUGUUGAAAUAAAAUCGCUCAUCAAUUCAUUCAUUCAUUCAUUCAUUCAUUCAUUGAUCCAUUCACUCAUUAGGACUUGAUUUUGCUACAGACGAUCACUUACUUACUGUUUCAUGCCACUUUUGCUCCACUGACAAUGCCCUCCCUCCUGCUUAUAGCGACUUUGUUCGCUUCUCUGCUCUUCUCCUCCGUCACAGCCCAAACAUGGACAGCCUGCAAUCCCCUCGAGAGGGACGACUGUCCCCGGAACCCAGCCCUGGGAACCACCUAUCAAGCCAACUUUACAAACACCCUUAAUGAAGUCAUUUGGAACAUCACUAACGGUAAACUCGACUACAUCGAGGACCUCGGCACCAGCUUCGCAAUCAAAGAAAGACUCCAAUCCCCAACCAUCCAAUCCCACUUCUACAUCUUCUUUGGCCGGCUAGAGGUCAUCAUGAAAGCCGCCUAUGGCACCGGCGUGGUCAGCAGCAUCGUGCUCCAGUCAGAGGACCUCGAUGAAAUCGACUGGGAGUGGUUGGGCGGCGAUACUACGCAUGUCCAAACAAACUACUUCGGAAAGGGAAAUAGGACUCUAGGUGGUCGUGGUGGUAUUCAUGAGAUGGAUGCGCCUAUGGAGAAGUUUCAUAAUUAUACGAUCGACUGGACUGUGGAGCGACUGCAAUGGUGGAUCGACGGUGAAUUGCUCCGUACCGUUACCUACGACGAGGCGCUGGGUGGGAAGAAUUACCCGCAAACACCCAUGACUGUGCGACUGGGUAUCUGGCCCGCUGGCGACAAGCAGAACGAAAAGGGAACCAUCGAAUGGGCUGGUGGGGAGGUCGAUUACAGCAAAGUUCCAUUUUUCAUGACCGUGAAAAAACUCAGGGUCGAUGACUACUCAACCGGCAAGGAGUAUGAAUACACUGAUAGAUCGGGCUCCUGGGAAAGUAUCAAAAUUCACAAUGGCACUUCCUACCUCGCCGAAGAAGCCCACAAGCCUCCCCCAAAAUCCCUCGGGCAGAAAUGGCGUGAGCUCCCCAGCGGUGCAAAGAUAGCCGUUUACGCCUCCGCCGGCGGAGUUGCCCUCGUCGCUUUUCUCGUCCUCAUAUUUUGCUGCGUCAAGCAACGGAGAGCAGGCCGCAGGGAAAAUGCUCUCCAGGAAAGCAGAUUCACCUCGGAACAAAAUGAUAUGAUCACGAUGCAGACGCGGUGGAAGAAGGGGCACUAUCAACAAAUUUAAUGAUAGUGUAUUUUUUUAU